CUACAUGAUGUUAUGAUGUGGAAUACCAAUAACCGAAGAUCACAAAACCAUGACAAGGGACAAACAACAAACUCAUAAUUUAUAAACAAAAAAAUGGGUAAUUUGUUUUUAUUGGGUAGCAGUGAAGAGGAGGACAAAGAAAUCAAGGUUCUGCCAUGAGCUCAGUUAGCCUUGCGCUCAAAGUGACCAAAAAAACCCCAACUGAAUAAGUUGAAGUAACUCAGAGCUGAAACUCAGAAUGUUGUUUUCUACUUUUUUUUCUUCUUUUGGCAAGCUUUGCCCUCAAAGUGUCUUCACAGUAUAUACCAUCUAGUUGGUACUUGAUUAAGCUGUUGAACAUGUUCAUUUUAACUGUGUCAGUACUUUGUGUAUGACUGUUCCUUAUAGCUUCUGGCUGUUAUUUUUGCAGGGCAUUCGAUGUCAGUCCAGAUACCUUACUGAAGAGCUGCAGAAGAUUUUUACUGAAGACACAGAUUCUGAAACUGAUGCGUUUGAAGGCUUUGCUUCAAGUGGGGAGGAUGCAAACAAGAAAGCAGUUCCGGUAAAGGUAGCAACAGAGUCAGACUUCAGUGAUGAAGAAUGUGGUAAUUUAUUGGGUACUGAGGGAGAAGAGGAGGAAGAGGCAAAGAAGAAAGUUUCCCCCAAAAGAAGAAGCUUUGGUCUUCGUGUUGCCUUUCAGUUUCCAACGAGAAAGUCUUGUGAGAAAAAAGUGCCUGAACAAGCUCCUUCUAAGCUACCUUUAAAGGACACUAAACCCUCCACUGCUCUUUCAAAAGAAAGAAAUUGCAAGCGAUGGGACAAAUUAGAGGGCUCUGCUUCAGAAUCUGAAGAAGACAUGAAAGAAACGCAGGAAGAAAGUAACAGUGCUCUGCUUAAAAGAGCUAUGAAUAUUAAAGAAAAUAAAGCCAUGCUUGCUCAGUUACUAGCAGAACUGAAUUCCAUACCUGACCUGUUCCCUGUGAAGACACCUGCCUCAACUCCUUCGAAACAGAAGAAAAUACCAAGGAGGACGUUUUCUGAAGGCCAGAUAACGCGUCGCAUGAACCCAACCAGAAACGCUCGCCCACCUGAGAAAUUUGCCUUGGAAAAAUUUACUGUGUCGGCUGUCAGAUUUGCAGAACACUUACAAAGCUAUAAACAAGAAAACCUCUUGAAGAGGAGCCUGAGCGUGGGGAAUUGUGGCGUGCGCAAAAGGAGGAGAUCGUCAAAGUAUUCGUCUUACCGUCCAGUAGAGGAUAUUACUGAGGAUGACUUGGACAACAUUGCAAUCACUGUUAAAGACAAAAUCUAUGACAAAGUUCUAGGCAGUACUUGCCACCAGUGUCGACAGAAGACGAUUGAUACAAAGACCAUCUGUCGCAACCAGGGCUGUGGGGGUGUACGGGGGCAGUUCUGUGGACCGUGUCUUCGAAAUAGAUAUGGGGAAGAUGUGAAAUCAGCACUGCUUGAUCCAGGCUGGAUCUGUCCUCCUUGUCGUGGUGUAUGUAACUGCAGUUACUGCCGCAAGCGUGAUGGUCGCUGUGCCACAGGGAUGCUCAUCCAUUUGGCCAAGUUUUAUGGCUAUGACAACGUGAAAGAAUACCUGGAAAGUUUACAAAAACAACUGGUGGAAGGCAAUUGAGAGCACUGAACUCAAGCUGUGCCUGCAACUGUUUAAUAUGUUGACGCGUUUUGACUUCAAAAGGUUAUUACUGGGUUUUAUAUAAGAUAGAAUUUUAGACUUUAGUAUAUGCCUUUCAAUGUGUGGAAUUUUUUAAUUAAUGUGGUCUUAUGCAAAACAUCUCUCAGGAAAAUGUUUUGGUAGAGAAAUCUACAUGCACAGACCUCUACAUUAAGUGGAAUGGCACUCUUAAACCUUAGAGUGGUUAAUUUCUAACAGGGCUACACAACUACAUGAUGGAGAACUUUGAGCAAUAUUUUUAUUUAUGCAAUUGUGUGAAUUUGCAAAAAGGGUGUUUAGCAACUACCUGUAAAGCAUACUCUGUUUACAAACAAUCAAAAUCCAACAAAUGUACAACACCUCCAAAAACCCUUGUGUUUCAAUUUGACCACAAAAAUUAAUUUUUCCAACCUUUGCUUUCUGAACCAAUUCUUCCACAUGUAGUUGAUGAGGCUUGGCCCUACAAAGAAGGGAAGGGUACUUUCAUCUAAAUGCCAUUAUAUUCCAGCCAAAGCUGAUGCAACCUAGCAGUGGGAGGAUGAAUUUUAUCUUUAUUUUUUUUUAAUCCGAAGUGCAAUUAACCACUGAAACAUGAAAGUGGAAGUGUUUUGUAAAAAUAAAAAAGAAAAAAAAAACCCAAAAUAAAAAAAACAAAUAAAAAACAAAUCCCAGUAAAGAAAAUUAAUUGCUUAGUAGCAGUUCCUGUGUGAUAUACCUGCUGCCUGAACCAGCCACCUUAUGGAUACCAUAACUAGUGAACUGGUUUAAACCACAGAGCUGAGGAUUUUUUUUGAAGUACAGAUCAUAUUUGGAUCUUUUUUCAUAUGUACAACCAAGCUUUCAAACAACUUUAAGCAAGACGUUUAUAUUGUUGUAUGAUUAUGUUAAAAUUCAUGUAAGAUAUGUAUUUCGUUUUGUGUAGAGAUAAUAAAGAAUAAUCAAGGAGAAGAUUUUAUGAGUCAAA